GGACGGGGCCUGGGGCGAUAACGGAGUCCACUAGAUCCGUUCGGCUGCCCAUAGAUGGUGUGGCGCCGCUGGCUUCUCGUCGUCCUCGGGGCGCGUGCGCAUGCGCACUACCAGGCUCAUGAGAAGUGGCUCUGGUGGGAAGUCCAAGGACGAGCGGGCGCGGUCCUCGUGGCCUAUGAGGAAGAUCUCAACGGUGGCGGCCUCGCCUUUGGCAUGGAUCUGGUGAGAUACGCUUAUAACGCAGUAGGAUUUAACAUAGGACGCUGCCUCGAGUUCUGCGCCGGGCCGGCCUUCAUCGGGUUUGCCUUGGUGGCCGCGGGUGUGUGUGAUACGCUGGCGCUGAGCGACCGGAACCCGGAGGCAGUGGCGGCCAUCAACGAGACGCUCGCGCACCCGUCCAAUGCGUGGCUCGCCGGCCGCGUCCAACCGUACCUCUCGGACGGGUUGGCGGCGAUUCCCUCACAUGAGAUAUGGGAUUUAGUCGUGGCGAACCCGCCGCACUUUGCAAGCGCGGAGUGGGACCCGACAAUAUUGGAGUUUGGGGUGACCGGCGACCGCGGCUGGGCGUUGCACAGAGCUUUCUAUGCUGGCGUGAGGGCGCAUCUGCGUGGUAACGGCCGCAUCAUCUUCCAGGAGAACGGCCAGACCUCCGAGAUCGCAUCCUUCUACGACAUGAUCCGCGCGGGCGGGCUCAAGCUCAUGCGCGCCGAACCGUCGGUGGCGCCGGCGACGCGCGAGAUGAUGUAUUUGGAGUCGGUGCGCGACGACGCGACAUUCGGCCCGCCGGGCCGCGCGUUCGCGGCGACGGCGCCGGCGACGCCGGCCGUGUGGGCCCGAUGCGCCUCUCACAAACCGGCGCGACCGCGCGCGCCCGCGGCGCUGCCCGUACGAGUCGCCGUGGGAAAUGCGUCGGCGACCUACUUUUACGACGUCGGCGGGACCUGCGACGCCCAGACGUGCGACGCGGGCGAACAAUUCCUGGCGUCGGCCCUCGGUCGCGAGACACGUGCGCAUGAGACGGCCCAGCUGGCCGCCGCCGUCGCCCUCGCGCGCGAGCGCGCCGUCGUCGACGACGACGCCCGCGCCUCGGACGACCGCGAGUGCCGCGGCCGCUUCCUGACGACGCACGACCACGACUAUCCGCCCGACAUGCCCGACGGCGUCGCCUGGCGCGGCGGCGCCGCGCGGGCCGGUUGGUGCCUCGUCUUCGACGGCGACGCAGUGGCCAAGCACGCGGCCGCGCCCUCGGUCGCGCUGCCCACGGCCUCGACGAAGAGGUGCUUCCCGCAGCGGCGCGACUCAUUAUAAUGAUGUGUUUGUGUGUGG